GCGGCCACCGUAGCGCUGCAGGGGGCUGCGCCUGUCUACCCCGCCCCGGACCUGUCGGCGAAAGGAAGUUCAUGCCAGCGUGGCUUCAUUCAUACAGAUGAAACAAGGGUUGGGAUAGCAGAAUAAAAUUAGAAUCGGACAGCUGUCUGCCCAGCAGGAUGCCAUCAACUAACAGAGCGGGCAGCCUGAAGGACCCUGAAAUUGCAGAGCUCUUCUUCAAAGAAGAUCCAGAGAAACUCUUCACAGAUCUCAGAGAAAUUGGCCAUGGAAGCUUUGGAGCAGUGUAUUUUGCACGAGAUGUACGUACCAAUGAAGUUGUGGCCAUCAAGAAAAUGUCUUAUAGUGGAAAGCAGUCUACUGAGAAAUGGCAGGAUAUCAUUAAGGAAGUCAAGUUUCUACAAAGAAUAAAACAUCCCAACAGUAUAGAAUACAAAGGCUGCUAUUUACGUGAACACACGGCAUGGCUUGUAAUGGAAUAUUGUUUGGGAUCCGCUUCAGAUUUACUAGAAGUUCACAAAAAGCCAUUACAAGAGGUGGAAAUAGCAGCAAUUACACAUGGUGCUCUCCAGGGAUUAGCCUACUUACACUCUCAUACCAUGAUCCAUAGAGAUAUCAAAGCAGGAAAUAUCCUUCUGACAGAACCAGGCCAAGUGAAACUUGCUGACUUUGGAUCUGCUUCCAUGGCAUCUCCUGCCAAUUCUUUUGUGGGAACACCAUAUUGGAUGGCCCCAGAAGUAAUUUUAGCCAUGGAUGAAGGACAGUAUGAUGGCAAAGUAGAUGUAUGGUCUCUUGGAAUAACAUGUAUUGAACUAGCGGAAAGGAAGCCUCCUUUAUUUAAUAUGAAUGCAAUGAGUGCCUUAUAUCACAUAGCCCAAAAUGAAUCCCCUACACUACAGUCUAAUGAAUGGUCUGAUUAUUUUCGCAACUUUGUAGAUUCUUGCCUCCAGAAAAUCCCCCAAGAUCGUCCUACAUCAGAGGAACUUUUAAAGCACAUGUUUGUUCUUCGGGAACGUCCUGAAACAGUGUUAAUAGAUCUCAUUCAAAGGACAAAGGAUGCAGUAAGAGAACUGGACAAUCUGCAGUAUCGAAAGAUGAAGAAACUUCUUUUCCAGGAGGCACAUAAUGGACCAGCAGUAGAAGCACAGGAAGAGGAGGAGGAACAAGAUCAUGGUGUUGGACGAACAGGAACAGUGAAUAGUGUUGGAAGUAAUCAGUCUAUUCCCAGUAUGUCCAUCAGUGCCAGUAGCCAAAGUAGUAGUGUUAACAGUCUUCCAGAUGCCUCAGAUGACAAGAGUGAGCUAGACAUGAUGGAGGGAGACCAUACAGUGAUGUCUAACAGUUCCGUCAUCCAUUUGAAACCUGAGGAAGAAAAUUACAGAGAAGAGGGAGAGCCUAGAACAAGAGCAUCAGAUCCACAAUCUCCUCCCCAAGUAUCUCGUCACAAAUCACACUAUCGUAAUCGAGAACACUUUGCUACAAUACGGACAGCAUCACUGGUAACAAGGCAAAUGCAAGAACAUGAGCAGGACUCUGAGCUCAGAGAACAGAUGUCUGGCUAUAAGCGAAUGAGAAGGCAGCAUCAAAAGCAACUAAUGACAUUAGAAAAUAAACUAAAGGCUGAGAUGGAUGAACACCGCCUCAGAUUAGACAAAGAUCUUGAAACUCAGCGUAAUAAUUUUGCUGCAGAAAUGGAGAAACUUAUCAAGAAACACCAGGCUGCUAUGGAAAAAGAGGCUAAAGUGAUGGCUAAUGAGGAAAAAAAAUUUCAGCAACAUAUUCAGGCCCAACAGAAAAAAGAACUGAAUAGUUUUUUGGAGUCCCAGAAAAGAGAAUAUAAACUUCGAAAAGAGCAGCUUAAGGAGGAGCUGAAUGAAAACCAGAGCACUCCAAAAAAAGAAAAGCAGGAGUGGCUUUCAAAGCAAAAAGAAAACAUACAGCAUUUCCAAGCAGAAGAAGAAGCUAAUCUUCUUCGACGUCAGAGACAAUACCUAGAGCUGGAAUGCCGUCGCUUUAAGAGAAGAAUGUUACUUGGGCGUCAUAACUUGGAGCAGGACCUUGUCAGGGAGGAAUUAAAUAAAAGACAAACUCAGAAGGAUUUGGAGCACGCCAUGCUACUGCGACAGCAUGAAUCCAUGCAGGAACUGGAGUUCCGCCACCUCAACACAAUUCAGAAGAUGCGCUGUGAGUUGAUCAGAUUGCAGCAUCAAACUGAACUCACUAACCAGCUGGAAUAUAAUAAGCGAAGAGAAAGAGAACUAAGGCGAAAGCAUGUCAUGGAAGUUCGACAACAACCUAAGAGUUUGAAGUCUAAAGAACUCCAGAUAAAAAAGCAGUUUCAGGACACCUGCAAAAUCCAAACAAGGCAGUACAAAGCGCUAAGAAAUCAUCUAUUAGAGACUACACCAAAGAGUGAGCACAAAGCUGUUCUGAAACGACUCAAGGAGGAGCAGACCCGGAAGUUAGCCAUCUUGGCUGAGCAGUAUGAUCACAGCAUUAAUGAAAUGCUCUCUACACAAGCCCUGCGUUUGGAUGAAGCCCAGGAAGCAGAGUGCCAGGUUUUGAAGAUGCAGCUGCAGCAGGAACUGGAGCUGUUGAAUGCAUAUCAGAGCAAAAUCAAGAUGCAAGCUGAGGCACAACAUGACCGAGAGCUUCGGGAACUUGAACAGAGGGUCUCUCUCCGAAGGGCACUCUUAGAACAAAAGAUUGAAGAAGAGAUGCUGGCCUUGCAGAAUGAACGCACAGAACGAAUACGAAGCCUGCUGGAGCGUCAAGCCAGAGAAAUUGAAGCUUUUGACUCUGAAAGCAUGAGACUAGGUUUUAGUAACAUGGUCCUGUCUAAUCUCUCCCCUGAGGCAUUCAGCCACAGCUACCCAGGAGCUUCUGGUUGGUCUCAUAAUCCUACUGGAGGUCCAGGACCUCACUGGGGUCAUCCCAUGGGUGGCCCACCACAAGCUUGGGGCCAUCCAAUGCAAGGUGGACCCCAACCAUGGGGUCACCCCUCAGGGCCAAUGCAAGGGGUACCUCGAGGUAGCAGUAUGGGAGUCCGCAAUAGCCCCCAGGCUCUGAGGCGGACAGCUUCUGGGGGACGGACGGAGCAGGGCAUGAGCAGAAGCACGAGUGUCACUUCACAAAUAUCCAAUGGGUCACACAUGUCUUAUACAUAACUUAAUCAUUGAGAGUGGCAAUUCCGCUGAAGCUGUCUGCCAAAAGAAACUGCCUACAGACAUCGUCACAGCAGCCUCCUCACUUGGGUACUACAGUGUGGAAGCUGAGUGCACAUGGUAUAUUUUAUUCAUUUUUGUAAAGUGUUCUGUUUUGUGUUUACUAAUUGGGAUGUCAUAGUAUUUGGCUGCCGGGUUUUUGUUUUUGUUUUGUUUUUAACUUUUGGGGAAAUUUGAAAAGGGGAGUUGAUAUUAAAAUAUAUAUAUAUCUCAUGCAUGUGGUAAAAAGAAAUUGUCUAGAUAGGGGGUAUUUUCUGAACACUGCAAAAAUAAAAUGCAGCAAAGUGGCUUGAGUCAUCACUUUUGGGUGUCUGUAUCCUAAGAAGUUUGUGAAAAAUUCUGAAGCUUUCUUCCCAUAUCCCAGAUUCCUGUGAGCCACUCACAGCAGGCAGCAUAUGCUAAUACAAGACAUUACUGAAACACACCUGGUUCCCCUCACCAGUGUAUUUUUUAAGUUUAAUUGGUUUGACUUCUCAGCCUCAUUUGGAGUAAAAAGAAAACAGAAAUUCAUGAACACUAAAGGAUUGCAUUGACUUUUUAAGAGAGUAGAAAACAACUUAGUUUUUUUCUGAGUGUUUCAUAGGUUUGUCAGUGAUUUUUGUCCAUUCAGUUGUGCCUUCUUUGUGUCAUGGUGAGGUGGGGGUGCUUAAGGAAAUCACAAGUUGUGUAGGGAUUAUAUUAACAAACCUGUGAACCUUCAAAGAGGAAGAGAGAGAGUGAGAAGGGCCCCUGAAUGUUUACAUGAUGGGCAUGUCCAGCAGCAGAGUGAGGAGAUGAGGCCUGUAUCUCUUGACAUUUUGUUGCUUUGUACCAUGAUAUCUCAUCCUAGCUAAACUCUUAACUCCCAAGACCCCAAGUAGUAUUUUUACUUUGUACAAUAAUGUAGACAUAUAGCCAACACAAAUCAAAUGCCAGAGAUAUUUGAAUGAUGCCAUAUUUGCAAACUGCCAUCUAUUUGAAUUCUCAUCACACUACAUCGACAUAAUUUGAUUGUCCCCUUUUGGCUUAUGGGAUUUCCUGUUGACAAGUAGAAUAGCCAAUUAUUUAAAUGUUUAGUUGCCAUAGUGAAGCAGGAGUCGCUGAGCCAAUGACUUCACCAGCUGCUGACUAAUCCUCAUCACCACUGUAGAUUUUGCUGCAUUUGCAGGUCCUCUUUUUUUUUGUAAGUUGCUGUUUUUGUUGCUGCAGUACUUUACAAACUUCUAGUUCAUUGAGACUUAGUGACCAUUUGGCAUCAUGUUAACAUCACACAAUAGGAAACACCACUUCCAGAAGUCUCAAGCCUCAGUGCUAAAAGUACUACUGAAAAGGAACUAGGAAGUUUGGCAAAUUUUAAAAAAUUAAAAAAGGAAAAAAAAGUGAAAAUAAGUUAUAGUGAUCAGGGAAUCUCUUGACAAAAGCUAACUUUUUUUUGCUGAGGGGAACAUGUUUUGUUUUGUUCUGAGAUGAAGGAUCAACCCAGUGUUGAAAGUCAGAUGAGUCAGAUGUUACUUGGUAUUUCACUGCUUAUGUGGAAAUUGAGCUGGAGGGGGGUGGAGAGCUGUGAAUAUGACUUGUAGAAAAGAAAGUCUUCUUCAGUGACAGAUCAGUUUCUUACAAGUUAUUUGUCGUGCCCCUCCCAGUUGCCUUUAAGAAUCCUUGCUGCUAACUCUGCAUCCUGCUUUUGAUGUAGUCAGAGGGCUCCACGGUAGAACUCUAUAAUCCCUCUUAAUGAUACUCUUCACCUAGACCAAACUAAUAAUCAGUAAUAUCUAUCAUUCUUGAAGUCUUGGGUUUUUUCCAACCAAAUUUUGAAUCAUCUUCAAGUAUAUCAGUCCAGUCUCCAUGAACCCCCUCCUUUAAGAGUUUCCAGCAUUCAUUUGAAGGUAACUGGGAGAAAAAAAUUCAUAUUUUAAUACAAUCUUUUUAAAAACCAAGAUCACAGUAAGUUCAUAUAGCACACUGGUAGAUUUUGCCUUGGGCCAUGCUCUGGAUCACCCAUUUUUGGGUAAAUAAGACAUGUACUUGCCAUGGCUAAUGAAGAGGUCUUUUAGUCUGAUCUCUAUGUAUUCACAUUCAGAUAGCACACGGUGUUUUAAACAAGUGAGCAAUCUACCUGUUUCAGUGAAAAAUAUAUAUGAAAGAGUUUUAGAAUUUAAUAAAAUGUCCAAAAAUAUAAUAGGAUUCGAUACCUUUUGAAAACUUCUGGCCAUUCCAUACUACUAGAGAGGUGGAAUAAGGAAUCAGAUCAGUUUUGCCUACAAAACUCUUUUAAACCCAAAUACUAUUGGUGAUAACAUUUUAAAGCCCAGUUACGGAUUUAAAUGCAUCAGAUUGAGUUACUUUGUCCAUUCAGAUCAUAUGUACUUAUAAAAGCAUGAUUGAACAUGAACUUCAAAUGUUUGUCCAGUAGGGCUCUGUAUCUAAUUUAAUCGUGCGCCAACCAGUUUUACACAUAGGUCAUAACUAUACCUGGAUUAUAUCAUUAAGUUAAUUUUAAUUAAAAUAUAUGUAAUUUGCAAAAAUGAUUCAAGUUAAUUGGUUUGUGUGUGUUUGUGAGACCUAACUCCUAAGGCAUCGCAUACAUGGUGGAAAUCAUCACAGAGUAAAACUUGUAGCUGGAAAAUUUGGCAAGUUUCGAAGUAUCCUAAAGAAAGAGCAAGCACUUUCUGAAUCAGUGCACAGGUGACAGCAUUUAACCAGAUCAACACUACCUCCUCCCCAGUGUUGGUGUUCACUCAUAUAUAUGUGCUUAGGAAAAUUUAAAGUAUGGGAAAUUUGUCUAGCAUAUCAGAAGUCAUAAAUGCUACUAUACCUGGUAUCCAGAGUGUAGCAGUAAAAAGUUUCUUAUAUUCUCGUUCUCUCCCCUUUUUUGGUUAGCUUUUUAAAAAUGCAAAACCUCCUAUCUUGAAAUAUAUUAUUUCUGAUUAGAUCCCCUUUCCUGUACACAUAUUUUUCUCCCCUUAUUAAAGUCAACUCUAACCUCAAGUUACAGUAUCCUAAAGUAUUUUCAUUAUUUAAUGUUAACUGAAAAAAUGUUAAUAUUGUUUUUACACAUGGCUGCCAUUCUUUUAGUCAUUUCUGCACCUAGAGAUGAAUAGUCCUACAUCUGAAGCACACUGACAGUUGUAAUAUACAUAGCACUCUAGGUCAAGAGUUUAUUGAUAAAUUGAACUUUUUAACAUGGUCAUGAUUUUCAGCUGCCUAGACAUCAAGUAAACACCAUUCAAUACACUAAAAAAAACUGUUCUGGGCACUUCUUCCCAUGUCUCCCAAUAUAACCUCACCCCUUUUCAAAAAUUGAAAACUCUAUGAGUGUCUUUUUCAGAUAAGGCAGACUUUAAUAACUUUCUAUUUCUAUACUAAAUAUCUGGCAUUUAAGAUUUUUAUAAAAUACAUUGUGUUGGACACUGGAAUAAUACUAUUUAUUUUCACCUGUGAAAGAUGAAUUCAUUGUACUUGAAACACCUCCUCUGCAUUUCUCCAUUUUUGUGCCAUUCACUAGUGGAAAUAAAUUGUAUUAUACCAUGAUCUACUGGCUUUUUAAAACUGUGUUAAAUAUGCACAUUUUUGGUAUAGCUAUUAUCAUUUGUAUGUAUAUAUUGUAUAUACAUAUGAGUGUCUAUAUUUGUGUAUAGAUAGAUAGAUGGGUGUAACUCAUACUGUACAUUUCCAUCAGGGCACUUAAGGUUCUGUUAUUUUUGUUUGGUUUUGUUUCAAUCCUCAGUUAAGGCAAGAUUGCCUAUUUCUUAAGAAUGAGUACUCUGUUGAUAUUUAUGAGAAGGUGGUCAUUAGAUGCAAUUUUUUUCCUUUUUAAUUUCUUCGUAGCACUUGUGUGAGUGGAGAGAAAGUCAAGUAAAAUAUGGAACCACAAGUUGCGGUGCAGUAAAAUAGUGGGGAAGGAACCCAGUUAGUGUUUCUGUGAGUUUGUGUUGUGAUGCAAUGAAAGAAAAGCGAGGCAGAGAAAAGAGAACCGUGGAAAAUAAGAACACUGUGGUGAUUCCUCUGAAAUUCACACAAUCUUACGUACUUUCUACACGUAUUUCUUAGUAAUGACACCAUUGAUUCUUACUCUAUUAACUCCAUUAAUACUAACAGUUAAAUGUCUUGCUGAGGAUUAAAACAGCCAAGAAGGGAAUCACUGCUAAAGUAUCUAAGGUUCUCCUAAACUAUAAAAUCAACAGGAAAUGGCCACUGGGAGAGAAGGGUAUAACAUUGACAUGAAAGGCUUUCUCCCUUCAGCUGCCUCUUCUUGCUUGCUAAUAGUAAAUUCUUUGUGCACCUUCUACCCCUUCUGAGCCACUACUAUUCAAGCAGAGAUUUGGCCCAACACAGCAACCCUUUCCUUGGAGGUUUAUUUAGUCCUGCAUUUUAUCCCAUAUUCACAAUGUGAAAUGUCUUAAUGUGUAUCCAAGUCAGAAAGUAAUAUAUUUAAAGGUGUGUGUGAACCUCCUUAGAUGAUAGAAGAAGAGGUUCUCAUUUCUUAUGUAGAAAAGAGCCUUCUCUAACUGUCAUCUUUGAGCUGCUGGCCAAAAUAUAGAUCAUUAUUGGAAAGAACCAAAACUCUGUUUUCUUUUACCCCAUCUGACAUGCUAGUCCCCCCAACCAGGUUGUAGCAUUGCCUUUUAAAAGGCCCUCACUCAUUCUUAGAUCAACUGGAAAUUUCCAAUCCUCAGAUUUCUUAAAGGAUGAAGAGUUUGCUGGACACUUAGCAAACUUGCCUCUUGUAUGCAAGGACUACUGAUUGAAGUCUGUUUUGCUGUGUCUGGUGAUGUUGUCUGCACUUUGAUGAAAUCACUACACUAGAUCUACAUUGGAAAUGAAUGACUCUUUGUAAAGAAGUUUUAUUAAACACUGUCUAGAAAAAGAAAGUGAAGCUGAGAACUCUUAUUGUGCAUUUAUAUGUUCUACUGAAUUCUAGUAGCCCCAUUUAAAGUUAUGCUGACUAAUUUUUUUCUUCUUUGUUUAUAUUCACAUUUCCAAAACUCCACUCAUACAAGGAAGGAGAACCCUUUUGCCCUACUGGUAGUUCUCAUAGCAUAGGACAUGUAUAAGUUAGUAUGCACCUUAUCUGCCUGUUGUGGGUUUCAUAAACUUGCACUUCUCACCCACCCAAAGAUAGAUAUCCUUUAAAGAAAAUAAAGGCAGAGAAUUAAAACUGAGGAGCCAUUUACUAUGUCAUCAUUACUGUUAACUGUUUCCCAGCCAUCCCAACUUUCUGAAGUUUCAGACAUUGUUUUUGUGUAUGUGUUUGUAUUUUUUCCUUGUUUUAAUUAGAUUUGACUUAAAUAUACAAGGGUUUCUUCUUUAAAUGGAGGGAAAGGUUAGUCCUCUGAAAGCGCAGGAUGCCCACUGGAUAUACUGAUCUGAGCAUCCAUAGGUAGUUUGCCAUGAAAAAGUAGACUGAAGGUGAGACUUCUGAAUGAAUGAAAAAGGGCAUCUUGAUGCCCAAGAAUUUCCCCCUCCCCCCAAAGUACGGGUAAUUCAACCUGCACAGUUUCCUUUCACUUAUAGUUCUGAGCAAUUAUGAGUGAAAAAUCAUGUAAUUAUCUGUAAAUAUGUAGCCAACAAAUUGACCUAGUUUCUGUUUGUUUGGUUGGUUGGUUUUGGUUUUUGGUUUUUGGGUUUGUACUAAAGUUGAUAGGUCUGUGCCAGCUAGAGAGGAGUUGCUGUCAUUGCCAGUUGUGGUCCUAGCAUCUAACCCUGAAACCAUUCUAGGUGACAUUUUUAGAAGUAAUGCUUAAAUGUUGUAAAAUGGGGAAAUGAAGCUUAAUCAUUGGUCAGGUUUGAAAUCUUUUGAAGUGAAAUAAUUUAAUAUGAUGAUUACAUGUCCUCAAUAAUGAAUGAGGUAGGGAGCCUCCAUCCCCCCAGUGGCCAUGUUUACAGAAGUGUGUUUUGUCUAUGAAGUGCAAGUGUUUUAAUGUAUAUGUAAAUUAUACAGGUGAUAACAUUAUGGUUUGGAACUGUUGGGCUCUUUGAAUUUUCAAAUGAAAUGAACUAUGCUUAUUGCUGGCACAUUUAUCCCAUUUCUGGAACAUUUUUCUUAUUUCCAGAAUUACAUGUGUUCCUUUGUCAUUAUCCCUGCUUAAUCUCCCUUUCUCUGAUACUCCUUGUAGCGAAGGUAUUAAAGACUGGUGAACAUAGACGAGGGAAGUACCUUUCUUAGAAAUCCAUGAACUCUCAAUUGUAUGCUUUCAGUACUCUUAUUAUAUGUUUCUAUGGCAACUCUGAGGUCAGUGGUUGAGAAAUGAGAUACCAAUGUUAAUGAAAAGUGUGUACUCUUAGCUUUUGCAUGGCUCGGCUUAGUAACCAAGGUAUAUUAGGGCCACUUGAAAGCAUGAAGACCAGUUAUAGGGGAACAGGUUUUUCUCAGUGGCACAUUUUGCUUUUUCUGAGCCUUCAUUGCCUAGGCAUGAAUGUUAUUGUUCCUAUAAAUUGCACAUGGUCAUGGAGUGAAUUAUGUGGUUAAAAGGAUGUAACUGCCUAACAUUCGCAGAUUCUGGCUGGUCUCUGUGACCAUUUGGCACAUAUCAAAAAGCCUAAGGGGUGUCGAGACCCUUCUAACCCUUUUUUUAAAUUUUUUUUGUCAUAGACAAGUAUAUUUAGUUCAUCUAGAUGUUGACUGUCCUUGGUGUAUUGCCAGGCAGCUCAUUUGGUGCCCAUUCCAAUGUACUGUUGUCCUUCUCUGCAUUUCGUAAUAUCAAAGAAACCACCAUCCCCUUUUUCUAACAGCAUUUUAUGCCUUUUAUUCCAAACUAAUUGGAAAUUGUGCCUAUUAACAGUGUCCCUUCAAUUAAUUAUACAUGUCCCAAAAUUUAUCUAAGCCAGAGAUAGAAGGUGGGAAAACAUUUCAAAGAAAAAACAAAAGUCCACUCGAGGCCAGUAAUUCAUCGGACAAGGUAUUGUACCACAGUAUCUUGACACUUGACAUAUGAAGCCUAACAGGAGUUGCAGGUGGUUUCAUAGGGUAAAAGUCAAGUGAAGAGGGACAUGUGGGGUUUCUAUUAGGAGAUAAUUUUAUUCUUAUUUUACUUUUCCUUUUAUGAUCCUGCUAGGUUAGAACAGGUUAAUUCUCCAAAUUUUAUUUUGUUUUGUAGGGAAAUUUUUUUUAAAGCAAUGGUCUGAUGUAAAUAACAUUUUAAAGUAUAGUGCACAUAACUUCCCCAGACUGUUCCAACCUGAUAAUUUGUAAAUGCUUUAGAGUUUUUUAAAUUAACACUUGUGUUGCUAAAUCCUAUUUAUAUAAGUCUGCUAAAGUUUUUAACCCACUUAAAACUUAAGACAAACAUUUAAAUAAUGGUUGGGUUACUAUGAGCAAUUUAGCUUUCAGUACCCCCUCGUUUUUAGUAUAUGAAAAAGCCUAACGCGUAUUAAUGAGGUUGGAGAGAUAUGAGAAAUAUGUAUAGUGUAUAUUUUAAAACAGCUUUGCUUGUAUUGUGAAGAUUUAAAAACAAACUUGAGAUUUUUAACGUUAACUAUUAACACAGUUUUAACGUAAGUUAUCCCACUGGGUUUAAGAGCAUCUUGAAUGUAUAAUCCUUUUUGUAACCCAGGUUGGUUUCUGCUUUUACCAGUCAUCCAAACAUAUUUAUGUUUUUAGUUUUAUGUACUCAUUUCCCUUUGUUUUCCUCAAACAGCAUGAUUUUUUUUUGCACAUGUAGAAAUUUUUAAAAAAUGAAUACAUCAUUUUCUCUGGAUUUUCUUCACUUCUCUCUUCCUUUCUACUAACCCCUUCCUUAAAGGCCAUAUCACUCCAUUUGCAUUAUUUGUGCAAAUGCCAGGGUUGGUUUUUAUUUUUAUUUUUGCUAUUUACCUUUAAAAAAGAAAUGCUUCAGUCAAUUGCUUUUUUUAUUUAAAAAGAAAAAAAAAGAAAAAAAGUAAAGAAAAAAAGCUGUAACCUUAUCAUUUCUGAGUAGACCAUUGAGAGACGAAUGCACACCUGUAAUAGCCCAGGACCAGCUUUGGUGGCUAAAGGGAAUAUUUUAACUAAGCAAGAGGUUUUUUUCUAAAAGUGGUAUGUAUAGUCUGUAAUCUAUUUCAGUUAUUCCCACAAGUCAGGGGUCCAGAUAAAAUGAGGGUUAUCAGCUAACUGAUAUGUUAUCAUUGAGGUUCAUCAAUGAAUUUGUACAUUUCUAGUUCCCUUUGGUGAAGGGAAAAAUGAUGAUUUUGCAAGACCUAGAUUUUGGCUUGGUUUCUUGCCUCCUUUUUUGGCAGCCUUCAUCUUCUCAUCUCCUAAAGCCCUUGAGCCUGUAGGGUUUUCAUAGUGGACAAAGGACUUGUGAUCAUUUAAAACUGAGACUGAUUUUGUGGUGGGAGAUUAUCAUGUUCCAACUGUGAUGUUCUACCACUUUACUGAUAAUUAAUUUUAAAUCUACAGUCCUUUCAAUUUUGGACCAAACGGACGCCCAACAGUGGAGGCUUAUCAGGGGUUGCAGUGGGGAAGAGGCCUCUCCCUCCCUGUCAGCACCAGCUGGUAAAGGUGACUGUACAGAUGUGCAUUUUCCUUUGGUAGAAAUGGUCCACAGCACUAACUGGUAAGGCUUAUUGUACAGUAUAUUGUCAGUAUUCUUCUGGUUCAGCAUACCUUAUAGUUCCUAUAUAACCUGUAUUAAUUGUAUAGAUUGUGCAUUUAAAGCUGUUACCAAGUUGUCAGAACAUAAGAGCGAAAACAAGGUCAUAUGUAAUAUUUUGUUUGUAAGUAUCCUUUGUAUCAUAGCAAAGGAAAUGUUUAAAAAGAUCAACUGUAAUAAAGUAAUUUUAGUACACAGA